ACAUGUCCCAUCAUCCUCUUCUCAAGCGCAGCUUCCAAGAGGAAAAACUCCUGCGUGUUUCCCCCUCAGUUCGUGCUCAGUGCGAUUUUUACUGUGUGGACAAUGUGACUGAAUGUGAGAAAGUUCUGAUGUAAAGAUCUGUGCAGGAAGAAGGGAAAGCGGCAGAGUUUGGGAAUAAAACGAGCAUAGUAGCGACACCGUCCGUCCACCGUGUCCCGUCUGCUUGUGAACCUUCCUCCUGCUGGUCUGUGGGACUUCAGAAGCAUAAUGUUCACAGCACUGCUGGUUGCCAUGGUGAUCGGAGGAUUGAUUAUCUUCCUGGUUCAGAGGCGCAAGAACCAGGUUCUGAAGACCGAGGAUGGCUGGUGGGGGGCUGGAGCGCCCCCUGAUGGUGAGGAAGACCUCACCAUCCGGUCUUUUAAAGUAACCACCAGUGAUGAGGAGCUGGAGGAUCUGUACAGGAGGAUGGACCAGACCCGUCCUGUUCCCUCGCUGGAGGACAGCCAGUUUCACUACGGCUUCAACUCCCACUACCUUCAGCAGGUGGUCUCUUACUGGAGAAAUGACUUUGACUGGAGGAAACAAGUGGACAAACUGAACCAGUACCCACAUUUUAAAACCAACAUUGAAGGCAUUGACGUUCAUUACGUGCACGUAAAGCCCAAGACGGUGCCUGAAGGGACAAAAGCCAUUCCCCUCAUAAUGGUCCAUGGCUGGCCCGGCUCAUUCUAUGAGUUCUAUGGGAUGAUCCCCAUGUUAACAGAGCCUUCGGAUCCCGGUCAGCUUGUGUUUGAGGUGGUGUGUCCGUCCAUUCCAGGCUACGGCUUUUCUGAAGCACCACGGAAGAAAGGUUUCGAUUCCAUUUGUGCUGCACGCAUCUUCCACAAGCUGAUGAAGCGUCUCGGUUUCCAGCAGUUCUAUGCUCAUGGAGGAGACUGGGGCUGGCUGGUCACCACUAACAUGGCUCUGCUGGAGCCCAAAACUGUUAGAGGUCUGCACGUGAACUUUGCUCCGCCCUCCAAGCUGGGGCUGCUCGUGACUUUGUCCAUCAUCCUCGGCCGCCACUUCCCUAAGCUGUUCGGAUUCACCGAAACAGACGUAGAGCGACUCUACCCCUGCAUGGAGAAGCUGGUGUUGGAAUCCAUCAAAGAGUCCGGCUACAUGCACAUCCAGGCGACCAAACCAGAUACAGCUGGUCGUGGGCUGAAUGACUCUCCUGUCGGUCUGGCUGCCUACAUUCUGGAGAAGUUUUCCACUUGGACAGAUCAUGACUUCAGGAACCUGGAAGACGGAGGACUCACCAGGAAGUUCUCUCUGGAUGACCUGCUCACCAACAUUAUGAUCUACUGGACUUCAGGCUGCAUCGUUUCCUCAAUGAGGUUCUAUAAGGAAAACUUUGGUAAAGGUCUGGACGUGCCCCAUGCUAAGAUGCCGGUCUUUGUUCCCACGGGCUUCGCCUGCUUCCCCAACGAGCUGAUGCAUACGCCUAAGCUUUGGGUCAAACAGAAGUACCACAACCUCGUCAGCUUUUCUCCCAUGCAGCGCGGCGGCCAUUUUGCUGCCAUGGAGGAGCCCCGGCUGAUGGCGGAGGACAUCCAGCAGUUCGCAAGAUCAGUGGAGGAGAUGAAGAAGAAGAAGGAGUAGAAGAUUGAUGGAUAAGAUGCCAAAUGUUUUCUCCUGCAUUUAGCCAAUAGAGGAGGUGAUUUCUUUUUUUUUCUUAGUGGAAUUUUAGUGGAUUAUAAUAACACAUAUUUGGGGCAUGCAAUAUUCAAAUACCCACACACAUCACACACCUAGCUGUCAGAUGAAAGCAGCUAAAUAACUAGAGGCAACAUAUUACAGUUAAUUAUUGUGGGGUACCCCAAGGUUCAAUCCUAGGACCCCUCUUAUUCAAUAUCUAUAUGCUCCCACUAGCUCAGGUUAUAACAGGAAAUAAUAUUAGCUACCAUAACUAUGCAGAUGACACACAGCUCUACAUUAUGAUGUCAGCAGGUGACUCAGAACCCAUCCAAUCACUGAACAGAUGCUUAGAACAGAUAAAUGUGUGGAUGUGCCAAAACUUCCUCCAGCUGAACAAAAACAAAACUGAAGUUAUUAUUUUUGGACCUAAAGAGGAACAAUCUAGAGUCAGUGCACAGCUUCAGUUAUUACAACUAAAAACCAGCGAUCAGGCCCAAAACCUGGGAGUAGUGAGGGACUCUGACCUGAACAUAAAAACAGUUACAAAGUCGGCCUUCUAUCACCUGAAGAACAUUUCCAGGAUUAAAGGACUAAUGUCUCAGCUAGAUCUAGAGAAACUCAUCCAUGCAUUUAUCUUCAGUCGUAUUAAUUAUUGUAACGGCGUCUUCACAGGUCUGUCCAGCAAAUCAAACAGCUGCAGCUGAUCCAGAAUGCUGCUGCUCGCGUUCUCACUAAAACCAGGAAGAUAGAGCACAUAACACCAGUUUUAAAGUCCCUCCAUUGGCUCCCUGUCGCUCAAAGAAUAGACUUUAAAAUACUGUUGUUAGUUUAUAAAUCACUGAAUGGUUUGGCACCACAAUAUAUUAAAGAUCUGCUGCUGUUGUAUCAACUUUCCAGAACCUCUCAGGUCUUCUGGUUCUGGUCUGCUCUGCAUCCCCAGAACCAAACGAGGAGAAGCAGCAUUUAGCAUCUAUGCACCAAAAAUCUGGAACAAACUUCCAGAAAACUGUAAAACAGCUGAAACACUGACUUCCUUUAAAUCUCAACUAAAAACCCACUUGUUUAGAGUUGUAUUUGAAACGUAAUCAAUUGCAAAUUUAUUGACAGAAUCUGACUUGAUGUUGUGUUUUUAUUGUUGAUUCUAUUUUGCAUUGUGUUUUUGUGUUUGAUUUGAUGUAAAGCACUUUGAAAUGCCUUGCUGCUGAAAUGUGCUAUACAAAUAAAGUUUGAUUUGAUUGCAUAAAGCAUGUAUUUCAGAAAAAAUGUUACAUAAAUCAAAGACAAUCAAAUCAAAGUUUUCCUGUUCUCCUUCAAACACAGCGCAGUAAAACUGACUGCUUUUAGAGAUGGUUUGUGUUGGUAGUCCAACUGUUUUAUGAAUAUCUAGGCACUUCACUCACUACAGCCUGGAGUGUUGAAAAGAGUAGAGUGAACAGCUGCAGAUGGGAUGUCAGGGGGCAGCCAGUGUUAUUGUGUUGACAGCAUAGACAAGGUGCCAAGCAUUCCUCUGACUGAUAGCAGAAGUCCUCCACACUCAGCCCACAGCCGUGAUAACACUUGCUGACCAGUCAGGUUUAAUAUUCAGCCGUGUUGUCGUUUACACGCAUUUCGAUCUUCCUGGAGUUAAUUAGAAAAUAGGAGUGGCUCUUACUUUACUUUUGCUUUUUAUGAUUUGACCAGGAAUUAGUGACGUGAGUAAUUGAUUAAAUGGGCCGUAUUAUGCAAACUGUACUUUUUUUUAGCUUUACAUCAUGUUAUAGUGUUAUUCCCUUAUCAAACCAUAUUUGGAGUGUUACUUAGAUUCUUUCUUGCAUGUUUCAGAAAUAGUUUAGUCUCCAUGGCAACCAUUCAGCUGUGCAAAACGUCAUGUUGGCCCUAGCUCUGCCUUCGAGAUGCAACUCCUCCUCAGAGCUGCAGUUUCCACGUUUCCAUCUCACAGAGCAGCCACACGUUCCCCACUCAGCUCCUUCAGACCAGCCAGCAGCAAUUAGCAAACACCUGUUGAAACUCAUCUGAGUGAAGCGCUGGUAAAAAUGUUGUUAAAGGGCUAAUAGGGGAGGGUUGCUGUGAUGACUUCCGGAAGGCGGAGUUUCAGAAACAGCAGGAGGUUUUAAAGAAACAAAGGCCCAAUUUCAAGGCAUGAAAUAACAAAGUCAAAUUUCUGAAGUCACAUUUGAUAUAUGUAGCAUUUUCAUAACAACUGAAAGUGACAGUAUAUUUUUAUAGUACAAUCAAGUGACUAUGUGUCUGGAAAAUUCAUAAUACUGAAUGUUUAAUGAGUCAAACAGAAGUAGAUAGAUCUUAUCAAUCCACUAAUGAUUAAAUGAUAAGCGACCACUUUCUUAAAAACCUGAGUUUUUGAUUGUACCAAGAAGACCAACCAUCUUUGAAUAACAAGAAGGGCUAAACCUUUCAUAAUAAAUAAGCAAUUAAACUUUAACAUUAUUUGGUGUAAAAUGUAUUAAAUGCUGACUGAGUAAACUGUUUUUUGUUACUGUUCUGGAAUGGCCCUGCCAUCUUUAUUUCUGUCUCUGGCUUUGCUUAUGGAUGACCAGCAGCGCCCUCUGCUGGAUGGUGACCACAGCACAACCUCUAAGUGGACGUUAUUAGUUAACCAUUUAGCAGCAGUUUCAAUUGAUUAUCAGGAAUGUCUUAUUGAAAAAUAGUAUCUCUUCUACCAGAGAAUAUUCAUUGUGAUAAGUGAUAAAAAUCCCUGACAUAAAUUUACACAUAAACACAAUAAUCAUGAUUAAUUUUAUGUAGUUUAUCUAUGUAGUUUAUCACAGCAAAUGUCGACUCGAGACACUUUACCAAAAAAUAUUUUAAUUGAAUCAUACAUUCCAAUUGAUCCUAGUUAAAUAAUAUGAAGGUAUAAAUAAUCAUACAAUUAUUUCACAAUAAUUACUAUAUUUGCUGCACAGCACAUCUGCUGAGUUAUUCUUAUCUAUUGACAAGUCCAUUUCACAAUAGAUCUACAUGAUCUUUAAAGUAACAUAAGCUUGUAAUGGUAGAAGAUACAGUGAUGAAGUUUAGAGUUUGAUGAAGAUUUGGAUAUGCAAGUAUUGAUCACUUAUUGGAAACAGAAGAGUCUUACAUGAAGAUGGUGGAGACACUUUAUGUUGUUAAAUGACAUAUUUAGAUGAUUUACUUGAAAGUAAAUCAAGGCUUUUUUUUUGUUUUUCUUUAUCAAUGAAGAGUGCAAAAAGUUUCCAACAUCAGCAUUUUUUUACAGUAGAAAUAUAUUGGAAAUAUUCAGCAGAUGUUAAGAUGUGAGGUUUACUAUUUCAGUAGUUUUAUGCGAGUCUAACCCAGACUUUUAGCAAUGUGUUGUAUACCUUCAGAUAUAAUAAACUAACAGUGUAUUA